UCGUCCAGUAAAUAGAAGCACACUCCUCAGUCUAGAUGAUAUAGCGACACAACGAAUGAUUAUUGCAGCAGAUCGGUAAUCCGGCAAAUUACACCAUGCAGCGGUCUCGCUCGAACUCGGCCUCGAGCACUUCCUCGUCGUCGUCCUCAGCUUCAAAGAGAGCUCGCCACUCCGACGCCAACCAGCAGCAGCCAGAUCCAUCUACAUUCCCACCAUAUUUCCGCCGUCUGGACCAACUUCACCGAUCACUCAACACGCUCUAUACGUUUUUGUCCUCGCGCAAGAAUGUGCCACCGCUGCUGAGCACGUUCCAGGCGUCGAUCAAGGAUCUACGGAUCGAAGACGCGGCGGCGAUGAAGUGUCUUGUUUCUGAUACCAUCAGGUUCGAGUACGUCGACGAGCUCGAGCUGAGCUUGUACGCGGACCAGGUUGUGAAGGAGAGACUCGGUCGGGACACUGGAAAUGAUAUCUUCAACAUUACCGAAAACGACGGCGACGCGGACGGCGGACGGAAGAAAUACGCUUUGAUAUUCGAGUUUGUGGAAACCAUGAAGAAGUCAACUGCCGACGGCGGGGUCAAGAGCCGCGAACUCAAGGGUCCAGACGCGAUCCGCAUGCCUACGUUUUCGACUGCGACCAUGACGAAGCUGAUCACCAAGCGCAACAAUCGGUUCACGACCGUGCUCGCAAAGUAUCUGAACUCAUGCGUUGAGAAAGCUGUCGAUCCCGAGUUGGAGUUCAAGGAUAGACUGAAACGGUAUAUCCCUGUCGAGCCGGCACCUGAAAGGCAGGAUCAUGAGCGAAGGUUGCAGACUAGUAUCCCAGAGUAUGUUCCUUCGAAGAGAGACCCGAUACCUACGAUCGUCAGCCAGUUGACUGCCGACGAAGGAUAUUGCGGACAGCUGGUUGAUGAAGGAUGCCGUGUGCUUCCCGCUCAAAAGGCUGAGUUUGGGACUCUGAAUUUCUCAAUAUCCCAGCAACUAGCCGACGCUCUCUACACCUCAAGCCGAAUCACCUCGUUCUUCACCCACCAAGCCGACGCCCUAAACGCACUACAUGAUCACAAAAACGUCAUCGUUGCUACCGCCACUUCGUCCGGAAAAUCACUAAUCUACCAAGUUCCAGUCCUGACCGCUCUCGAGUCUGAUCACCGCGCUACAGCAAUCUACAUCUUCCCCACCAAGGCGCUCGCACAAGACCAGAAACGCGCCCUGCAGUCGAUCCUGAGCCUGAUUCCAAAUCUCUCCGAUGUAGUCGCCGAGACAUUCGACGGAGACACACCCAAGGAGGAACGUGUCCGAAUUCGCGAGUCUGCGUCUGUUUUGUUCACGAACCCGGACAUGCUCCAUGUCACAAUCCUGCCCUCGGCUGUAAACAGUCCCAGCUGGCGCGAGUUUUUCCGCGCGCUGCGGUUCGUGGUUGUGGAUGAGCUACACGUUUACGACGGCGUGUUCGGAUCGAACGUCGCGUUCGUCAUGCGCCGUUUACGUCGGAUCUGUGCGUUUCUUGGAAACGAAUCGGUGCAGUUCAUAAGCUGCUCGGCGACCAUCGGGAAUCCUGCAAACCAUAUGGCGAAAGUAUUCGGUAUCUCCCAAGAUUCUGUCACCGUGAUUUCAAACGACGGGUCACCCGCAGGCGAGAAACACUUUCUUUCGUGGAACACGCCGUUCAAGGUCCCAGAGGACAAAUCAUCCGGUCGCCGCAGCGAAAUCAACGAAGCCGCGCGGCUGUUUGUCCAGCUCGUGCUCCGCGGCGUGCGCACGAUCGCGUUUUGUAAAGUGCGAACGCAGUGCGAGAUGAUGAUGAAAGCCGUUCGACAGGUUCUCGAAUCGCUCUCGCGUUCCGAGAUGUGCGAUCGCGUUGCCAGCUAUCGGGGAGGGUAUACGGCUGCCGAGCGUCGCCGUAUCGAAAAAGACAUGUUUGAAAGCAGAUUACUCGGUAUAAUCGCCACCAACGCACUAGAAUUGGGCGUCGACAUUGGCAGUCUUGACGCAGUGAUCAUCCUCGGCUUCCCGUUUUCGAUUGCGAAUCUCCGCCAACAAAGCGGUCGCGCCGGUCGACGGAACCAAGACUCACUCACGCUCCUGGUCGGAGGAUCGUCGCCUGUCGAUCAGCACUACAUGAUCCACCCUUCUGAGCUGUUUGACAAGCCAAACGCAGAAGUUGUGCUCGAUAUCGACAACCAAUUACUACUCGAAUCACAUUUGCAGUGUGCUGCGUUCGAGAUCCCGAUCUCGAUCUCGGAAGACGAACAGUACUUUGGACCGCGUAUAGCAGAGCUGGCCAGUACACGGCUAAAGAAGCGAGAAAAACUGAAAGAGUCCGACCCGGAGCUCUAUGAUUGUCACCCGCGCUUUCUACCGUGGCCUGCAAAGGACGUCGCCAUCAGAGAUAUCGAGGAUGAGGUCUAUGCGGUAGUCGAUAUCACAAACGGUCGUAAUGUCGUUGUUGAGGAAAUUGAGGCCUCGAGGAUUACGUUCACCAUCUACGAAGGCGCGAUUUAUAUCCACCAAGGAAAGCCGUAUAUCGUGCGCGACUUCAACGCAGACGAACGAAUCGCAAAGAUCGAGCGCACGUUCGUGGACUGGACCACAUCCCAACGCGAUUACACAGACGUCGACGCGAUCGAAACGCACGCAAUCAAACCAAUCUCGUCGACCGCAACUACUACCACCACCCAAAUAUUCGACCCCACGCCCGCUACUACAAUCACCCAUUCACAGCAGGUCAACUACGCAUUUUACGGAAACGUGAAGGUCACCUCCAUCGUAUUCGGAUACUUCAAAGUUGAUUCGCACAACCGCAUCAUUGACGCAGUCGAUGUCUCCACCACUCCCCCUGUCGAGAAAUACACAAAAGGGUUCUGGAUCGACGUCCCCCGCCGCGCGCAGGAAAUCAUUCAUGCCAAACAACUUCACCUCGCCGGCGCAAUCCACGCGGCCGAGCACAUCAUCAUCGGCAUGAGCUCCGCCAGCGUGGUUGUGAUGGCCACGCAGAACGAUUUACACGCGGAAUGCAAAGCUCCAGAGAAGGAAUUCUCAACCAGAGACACGCAGCGCAAACGGCCCGCUAGACUUACCUUCUACGACGCCCACAGCGCCGUCAAGAGCUGGCGCGCAAACCAGCACUCCACCCUUUCCGGGUCUGAAAUCAAUGGGACCGGGCUUUCGCGCAAGGUCUUUGAGUUCAUCGAGGACGUCAUCGCUAUGGCUAUCGAGCGCAUGGAAAGCUGCGGAUGCGACUUUGGAUGCCCGGAGUGUAUCGUCACCACGAACUGCGCAGAGUCAAAUGCCGUGCUGUCGAAAGUCGGCGCGAUCGUGAUCUUGAAAGAGAUGCUGAGACCGGGCUCGGUAGACCCUGCGACCGUGCCGGAGGGUCCGGAAGGAAAUCUGCCACCGGGAAGUAAUAGGAUCGAGACAAUCGCGCCAGUCACUGAAACCGUAGCGCUCGCAAAGGAUCUAGAGAUUUUGGGUGCCCGCGAAAUAAGUAGGGAUCCUGCUGAUUUAUUCACUGUCAAGGUAGAGGAAGAGGAACCGCGUAAGAUUGAGAGUGGAAGCCACGACCAGCCUUUCGUCAUUACUUAAAGU